AUGUCAUAUUUCACGUUCGAAUUCAACGAUAAAUCUCUGUCCAAUUAUCCACAACACAAAUCUUACUUGCACCCAGGUUCUAAUAAUGAUGCGAAACUCGUAAUUGAUAAAAUAAUCUCAUCCUGUUUUGACGAAGAAACAAUUGACAAGAUCAAAAGGUUCUCAGCAAUUCCUUUGUCAGAAUUAAUUACUCCCUUCGAGAAUGCCAGAACCCAAAAAAUCCCCCGCCCACAAAAUAAGUUUGUCAUUUACCGAAGAAAUCUGCAGAUGCAAAUGGCUACUGAAUUGGGUAUGGUGCCUGUCAGAAAAUUGGAGUCUGUCUCAAAGAUUGCAGGAAGACGUUGGCGAGAAGAGGCCAGUGAAAUCAAGGAAUUAUUCGGCCUUAUUUCCGAAUGUGCCAAGAAGGUGCAUAAUUUUUUAUAUCCUGAUUAUGUUUAUCGUCCAAGAAGGAGCGCCACAACAAAUAUUCCGAUGAAUUCCUCAUUCCACAGAGUCUCAGUGACUUGCUGGAAGAGUACCUCUUCAAAGCGUACUGCUUCCGUUAAUUCUCUCAAACCUCUAUCAAUUUCUCCUAACAACAACUAA